AUGGAGAACAGUGGUUAUAUGAGUAGUACGAAGAGUUUUACUGCUGUUACUGUACGAACAUCUGAUCUUGCAGAUAAAAAUGAUAAUCAAUCAUCUCAUGGCUUGACAAGAACUGAAUCAUUCGAGCGGCAAUUAUCGAUACUCGAUCCACUUUCUGAUCGUGUUAGUACAAUACUUGUUUGGAAAAAUUUAACUGUCUUAACUCGUGAAGAUAAAGCAAAAGAAUAUCUUCAACGUCUUAAAUUUUGGAAAAAAUUUACACCUAAACGACAAUGUUUAUUGAAUAAUAUUAGUGGCGCAAUUACAGGUGGACUAUGGGCUGUCAUGGGUCCAUCGGGUUCAGGAAAAUCAACUUUAUUGAAUACAUUAGCAUGUCGUUUAGAUAUAAAUACAAUUGUUCAUGGUGAAAUGUCUCUCAAUGGUGCUCCUUAUAAUAAUGCUGAAUUAAAACGUAUGGCUGGCUAUGUAAUGCAAGAUGAUUUACUCAAUGGACAUUUAACAGUCUAUGAAACAUUAAUGUAUACAGCUGAACUUCGUUUACCUCGAACAUUUACAAAAGAAGAACGAAACAAACGUGUAAAGGAUGUGUUGGCAGAUAUGGGUAUUGAACAUGCUAAAGAUGUUAUUAUUGGAACAACAUUUCAAAAAGGUAUUUCUGGUGGUGAACGAAAACGUUUAUGUGUAGGUAUGCAAUUACUGAGUCGACCACAAUUACUUUUUCUCGAUGAACCAACAUCAGGACUUGAUUCUGUUACAGCAUUAGAUCUAUUAAAAACAUUUCAUUUAUUAGCACAUGGUAGAUCGACAGAAAAAGCUGUCACGAUUGUUUGUUCUAUUCAUCAGCCACAAUCGAAGAUAUUUCAUUUAUUUGAUUCAUUGAUUUUACUCAAAGCUGGAAAUAUACUUUUUCUAGGAUCUCGAAAACGUGUGAUGGAUGUAUUUGAUAAAGCUGGUUAUUCAUGUCCGUUAUAUACCAAUCCAGCCGAUCAUUUAUUAGAUGUUAUUACACCUUCGAAAACUAUAGACGAUCGAACAAAUUCAUUAGAAGAACAAGCAGCUGUGGAUGCAUCAAUCUUAGCUGCACAAAAACCAUUACAAAUUGAUCUGAAGAUGGGUGCGGAUAAACGUUUCGAUCAAAUGGCUAAUUUACCUAAACAUCCUAUUUGGAUUAAGCAAGUCUAUAUUCUUUUUCAGAGAAAUACUCAAGAACAAAUUCGUUCAUCUCAAAUUCUGAUCACGUCGAUCUUACAAACAAUCAUCAUGGCUAUUUUAAUUGGUGGUGUUUUCUUUCAAAUUGGAACGACACAAUCAAGUACUAUUCGUCGAAGUCCUGUAUUAUUUUUCUGUGCUAUUAAUCAAGGUGUUUUUGGAGCCUUGAUGGUUAUUAAUUCAUUUCCUUCCGAAAGAGAAUUAUCACUACGUGAACGGGCAGCAGGGACAUAUUAUGCUAGUGCGUAUUUUAUGGCGAAAAUUCUGGUUGAUACAUUUGUUCAAAUUCCAGUACCAGUCAUUUUUUCAUGUAUUGUUUAUUUUAUGGUGGGAUUUCAAUUAGUGGCUAGCAAAUUUUUUAUUUUUACAUUGCUUAUCACUCUCUGUUCGUUUACUGCCACGUCUUUAGCUCUAAUGAUUUCUGCUCUAUGUAAAACAACGGAUAUGAGUGUUACUGUUCUACCUAUGGCACUAGAAGUUACACGUCUGUUUGGUGGCUUUUUCUUAGCACCAGCUUAUUUACCGAAAUAUUUAGUUUGGAUUGAUGCACUUGCUUACAUUAAAUAUGUUUAUGUAGGUCUUAGUUUAAAUGAAUUGCAAGGUCUUAAACUAUCAUGUACUGUCAAUCAAACUGCUUCAGGUAACUGCAUAUCCGAUGGAGAAACUACUAUUCGAAAUCUUGGUUUGGAUUAUAUUAGUAUCGGCGGAUGUAUCAGCAUAUUACUCUGUUUUAUUAUUGGAUGUCGCAUAAUUGCCUAUUUUGGUAUCCGAUUUCUGAAAAAUUAA